CCCCCCCUCCACCUCCCGUCCCCUUUCCCGAAAGGAAAAACCACCCCUUUCCUCCUCGCACGCGAGGUGUUGUUCCAAGGAGAGCCGUAGUCCGUACAGGAGGAGCAGAGUAGGCGCUGCCAUGUCGAGCGCAGCCUCCGGAUCGGGCCCGGGCACAGCUCAUGAGCCGGCUAUGCAGCAACUGCAGGAGGUGGUCUUGGCUGCGGCUGAGGCGCCAUCGCCGGCGCCGGGAUCAGUGGUCGUGGCUGCAGCUGAGAUGCCGUCGCCGGCGCCGGUAUCAGUAGUCGUGGCUGCGGCUGAGGUGCCGGCGCACGGGGAGGUCGUCACCAUCGUCAUCUCGCACCCGGAGGAGGUUGCGCUCGAGCCGAAGGGCGUUGCCCCGGACUCCCCGGCACCUCUGGAGCCCGGGGGCGACAGCGCCAUGGCCGCCGUGGCGGCCGCGAAGGAGGCGGAGCUGGCGAGGUCCGACAGCUUCGACGAGCAAUGCAGAGUUUGUCAGCAAAAUACGGAAGAACCUCUGGUAGACCUUGGAUGCAGAUGUCGAGGUGAUCUUUCAAGAGCUCACCGUACGUGUAUUGAUGUUUGGUUCCGUACUAGAGGUUCAAACAAGUGUGAGAUAUGCCAGCAGGUUGCUGUAAAUAUUCCCCCUCCAGAGACACAAGCAAGUACAAGUUAUUGGGUUUGGAGGGUUGAUUCAGCUUAUGGAAGGGGCCGAGGAGGAAGUCAAAGGGGAUGGUUUAGUCCACUAUGGGUUGCAUUUGCAAUUCUGAUUGGUGGUCUCUUACUGGAUGUGCUGAUAUCUGUUUCUCUUGGUGUUUCUGCACUUCCUGUGAACAUAAUAAUUGGCGUUCUCAUCGUUCUCGGCUUGGGCACUGCCCUUCGACUAGCUCUCGAGUGCUGUCAGGAGUUUGGCUCGAGGAGAAGCAUGCCAAGGAUGGAAAACAUGGCACCCAGUGGGUACCAUCCUGGAGUGUAGGUAGACCUGUAAAUAUUGUAGGGGCACUAAGUUCGGGAAGUGCUCGGAUUUUUCUUUUGAUAGCUUGUAGUUCUCAUUACAACGCUGCUCAACAACGAGCUUAGAUUGAGAGCUUGUUUACAAUCAAAUCCUGACGAUGUAAAUAUGCAGUUCCUGAUACUUAAUUUUCUCAAGCUCGUAUUUGUUCUGAUGCCAUUA